AUGGCUACCAACACGAAGCGAGAAAUAGUAAUAAUCGGUGGUGGUAUUAUCGGAUCUUGCUCGGCUUAUUAUUUGACCAGACAUCCUUCAUACGAUCCGGCGCUGCACAAAAUUACACUUCUUGAAGCUUCAGAGAUCGCAGGCGGGGCUUCUGGUAAAGCCGGAGGUCUACUCGCGCUCUGGGCUUAUCCCAGCUCUAUUGUACCGCUGAGCUUCAAAUUACACGCCCAGCUUGCCAAAGAACACAACGGGAAAGAUAGAUGGGGCUACCGGGAGGUGAAUUGCGGCCAAUUGAUUGCGAAAGGUCAUGCAGCCCAAGACAAAAAGGAAGGGACUGGUCCGUCGGUUUCACUACAAAAGCGUGAUCCAGCUGCAAUUGGAAAGUUGAGAGCAGCUGGCAUACCGCCAGAUUUAGACUGGCUCAACGCAGAUAGCCUUCGCGGAUAUGAAAGUAUGAGCGGCCCUGGAGAGACAGCGCAGGUUCAUCCAUACCUUUUCACGACUUCUAUUACCAAGCUGGCCGAGGAGAAAGGUGUCAAUAUAGUCUUGGGAAAAGCCACUGGAAUAGACCAGGAAUCCGAUGGAGUCAAAUCUAUCUCAUAUACAGAUAAAGCUUCUGGUGAAUCGCGUACUAUCCCCGCGACAGAUGUCAUUGUAUCGGCAGGUCCAUGGACACAAGCUGUUUAUCCCCCUGCGCCAAUAUCUGCGACUCGAGCACACAGUGUUGUCAUCCGUCCAACGAGGCCUGUAUCUGCCUAUACCCUUUUCACAAAUAUAGAAUUGCCAUCACCGUCUAACCCAAAAAGGUCCACGGUUACGACGCCAGAGAUAUAUGCUCGUCCAGAUGACACAGUCUAUGCUUGUGGAGAUGGGGAUCAUCUAGUUCCACUUCCGGAAACAACAGCAGAUGUCGAAGUGGAUGAGUUGCUCUGCCAAGAUAUCAUCAAUUCUGUUGGGAGUAUCUCGGAUGAGCUGAAAUUCGGCGACGUUGCGAAGCGUCAAGCCUGCUAUCUGCCCAAUGUUGCAGCGGGCGGAGGGCCUCUAAUCGGUCACACCGGGAUUAAAGGCUUGUACCUUGCAAGUGGUCAUACCUGCUGGGGGAUUCAGAAUGCUCCUGGAACGGGGAAGCUUAUCAGUGAAUUUGUUUUCGAAGGCAGUGCAAAGAGCGCCAAGAUUGCUGCUCUGGAUCCCCAGAGAUAUAUGUAG